AUGCAGGGUCUCAAGUUGGUGGCAAGACUGCGAAGCGACAUGCGGCAGCGCGUUGACGUGGAAGGUAAAUACCAGCACAUUUCGAUCGCUUUUCUUGGACUAAGGCCACCAACCAACCGAGCUGUGGACUUUGGCAUCGACAACUGUCGGCCAGCAGCUCCCUUCACAUCAUUCUCUGCGAUUCCUAGAACCAGCAGAGAAGAACCUUCCAAUAUGCAGAGUCAGUAG